AAGGCUAUGGUUAUCCGUAUCCCUCUACUUUCCUACCCAUGCGGGAAUACCCCGACCAUGGCGAUGGAUUUGGGGAUUACCAUGGGCCUUUGAACGAAGACACUUCCAGAAGACCCAGCGGAUCAAAGCGCCAGCGGCCCCUUCGCAAAUCUCGGCACAAGCGUUCACACUCACGCGAAAGUGAAACGAAAACCCCGAGGGCAUCAAAAUCACGAUCUCGCACAAGAUCCCGCACCAGAUCCCGUUCGAGGUCCAGAACAAGGUCCAGGUCUAAAACUCGAUCGAAAACUCGCUCCAGGUCGCAUUCCAGGGCACCAACUCGCAGUUGCUCUGGAAGUCGCCGGCAGUUGAGUUCAAUAAAACCCGGAUUCCUUGAUGCAUUUCGUGUGAUGUAUUUGACACCGAGUAAACACAAAAAGAGCACGACGAAGUACCUAGCGACGCAGAAACGCCAAGAUCGCGUCCACGAGAUACUCAAAAGCGAUAGACUUGGCUCCAAACGCUGGUACUUCUACCCUCGCCAGACGAAGAGUGAACCUGGAAAAGGAACCGAAGUACCCGGUACGAGAGAUAACUGCGAUCAACGCAUAAAAAUAGAUGGCGAUUUCCUGCGUCAUUACAAACGCAGUAAGAAUUACGACGCAGACGCACCUAUAUCGAAACUCAAGCGUUGGGAAAUCCAACUCUACAAAAGAUUAGGUUUCAUUCAAGCUGUGUGA